CUCCCUCCCUCGGCCGUAGCCUCCUCCGGCGGCAGCGGCGGUGCCCGCCGGCCCCAUGGCGGCGGAGCCCCAGCCCAAGGCGCUGACUCGCAAGCCCCUCCUGCUCAACAAAGUGGAGGGCUCGCAGGAGGUGGUGAACAUGGCAGCGAUAGUGCCCAAGGAGGACGGGGUCAUCAGCGUCUCGGAAGACAGAACAGUUCGCGUCUGGCUGAAGAGAGACAGUGGACAGUACUGGCCCAGCAUAUACCAUGCAAUGCCAUCUCCAUGUUCAUGCAUGUCUUUUAACCCGGAAACCAGAAGGCUGUCCAUAGGUCUAGACAAUGGUACAAUCUCAGAAUUCAUUUUAUCGGAAGAUUACAACAAGAUGACACUAGUGAAAAGUUACCAGGCUCAUCAAAGCAGGGUCAUCAUGAUUCUGUUUGUCCUGGAGAUGGAGUGGGUGUUGAGCACUGGACAAGACAAACACUUCACGUGGCACUGUUCCGAGAGUGGCCAGCGGCUGGGCGGGUACCGCACCAGCGCAGGCGCCUGCGGCCUGCAAUUUGAUGUGGAAACCCGGCAUGUGUUUGUCGGUGACCAUUCUGGGCAAGUGACCAUCCUCAAACUAGAGCAAGAGUCCUGCAGCCUUGUUACCACAUUUAAGGGACACACAGGUGGUGUCACUGCUCUCUGCUGGGACCCAAUACAGCGAGUUUUAUUCUCAGGCAGUUCUGAUCAUUCCAUUAUAAUGUGGGAUAUUGGAGGAAGAAAAGGCACAGCCAUCGAGCUGCAAGGACAUAAUGAUAAAGUUCAGUCUCUCUCCUAUGCUCACCACACUCGGCAGCUCAUCUCCUGUGGUGCAGAUGGGGGAAUCGUCGUCUGGAACAUGGAUGUUGAGAGGCAGGAGACUCCGGAGUGGCUGGAUAGUGAUUCCUGUCAAAAAUGUGACCAGCCAUUCUUCUGGAACUUCAAGCAAAUGUGGGACAGUAAGAAAAUAGGCCUCAGGCAGCAUCACUGCCGGAAGUGCGGGAAAGCCGUGUGCGGGAAAUGCAGCUCCAAGCGCUCCUCCAUCCCGCUGAUGGGCUUCGAGUUCGAAGUGAGGGUCUGCGACAGCUGCCACGAGUCCAUAACGGAUGAGGAGCGGGCACCUACAGCUACUUUCCAUGACAGUAAGCACAACAUUGUUCACGUACACUUCGAUGCCACCAGGGGAUGGCUGCUGACCUCGGGGACAGACAAGGUUAUUAAGUUGUGGGAUAUGACACCAGUAGUGUCUUGAUGUUACAUCAGGGGAACUUGAAAGGUGAUAUUUACAGAAGAAACGGAUUUCCUAACCCUAAUUGUACUGCAGAAGAUAGAUAACACUGGGCACAUACGGCAGAUGAGAAAGGAACUAAUGUGUUUACAACAACUUUAUGUCCUCUGCUUGAUCCAAGCUGAACAUUUGCACGAAGACUCUUUCCACUUCUUCUCAAAAUAUACAAGAAGGUAUUUUUUUAACUAACGGUUUGUACGAUCUGACUUUGGUUGUCUCGAGUUUGUUUGGAAAAAUCUGAGUGCAGUGCAAUUUUUAGUUUUUAUAUUUCACUAUGUCAAGAUACUUGCUGCUUUGUACAGAGGGUUCUUAGGUUGUGUCUUCCUCUGUGAGUUUUUGGUGUCAGCAGACUGUGUAAGGCAAUUGGCUCUCCCUGCAGCCAGUACCUGUUGCUUUGGGAUGUUUCUGCUGGCCGUGCUCUCUCCAGGGGAGGAAAUCCAGGCACGGUCUCUGGGUGCAUCACGGAGGAGCUGAUGGACUAUUGCAAUUUCUAAAAGGGCUUUACCAUCUACUUGUCCUAGUGGGCACCAUCCAGAGAGGAUUCAUUGGUCUGUAUAAUCUUCCUGCCUCUUCCUUUGCUACACAAGUCACAGAUCCAGGGGUCAGGUUAUUCAGCAACUGAUUUCUACAGAAAACUAAAAUAGUUUUCCAGCUCAGAGCAUUACAAGGAGCAUACAGACUUGUUUGAGUUUGAUGAUGCUGACAGUCUGAUUCAAAUGAAAUUAUUGGCAACAGGAACUUUUGGGAGCGUGUGCAUGGAGGGGGGCAGAUCUAAAACUGGUCUAGAUCUGAAGAGUCUGGUUUAUCUCUACCUCUACCUCUACCUUGCACAGCAGCAUUUCAGCAUUUAUACAUGUCUGUGUUGUUGAAGAUGAAUUUUGUUUUUCCUGUUUUCCAUGUGGUUAGUCAUAUUUAUUUUUAAAACACUGAUGGUUUUUAUUAAUUUCCUCUAUAGACCCAAAAGUGAUAUUGCUGAAUGAUGCCCGUUGUCCUGUUGUCAUACUUUACAGUUUGUCUUAAAAAUAAACAGUAUUUAAAAACCUG